ACAGCAUCCGACAUCCACUAGACGGAAAAAUAUAUUCUCACUUACUCAUCCACGCGCAUAAUAAAAGUUACUUUCCUCUCCAUUUUUUUUGUCAUUUUUUAAUUCAAUAUUCACGGUGCGUGCAAAAUAUAUAAAAAAAAAGUUUAUAAUAAAAAAAUAAAAGGAAAAAAAUGCGCACAUCCAUCAUUUCAUUAUCCUCUAACUAAGUCCUUUCGCAUCAUUUUUCAUCCUGUUAUCACAGCAAUAUCUAUAGUAUUCUCGUCAAAUAAUGUCCUUUUCUUCAAUUCGAGCAUUCUUCUCUCGUACUUCUCAGAAAAAAAGGUGUCACGGUUGAACGAACGAAUAAACGACGAAAAAUAACGACACAUUUAGAAAAAAAAAAAAGUUGAAAACGGGUCACAUAAUAUAAUUUCUAUAAUUCAAAAAGGAAUUCAAGUGAAAAAUUAUGUAAAAAAACAGUGGAUAAUCUUUUCUUCACUUUACUUUAAAGUGAAUAAUACAGUAAUUUUUUUUAGUGUGAGUCCUUGAAGGACGACAAAAUGAGAGCAGUGUAAAAGAAAUCAGAGGCAAGUCUUGAGAAAAGCUAUGUGAAGAAAAGACAUUUCGAUGCCAGCAAAAAGUUCUUCACUCGAGAAAAUAUUGAAAUUACCUAAUUGUCCUUAAUUUUUUGUUGAAUGCGCUCUCGUGUUCGUGUAUCUGUAUUUUCUCGUGUUUGUGUGUAUGUAUGAGUGCAUAAUACAAGGAUGUCACUCUCAGUGCUUGAUCACUGUCCCGCAUUGUCGGUCAUGUCGCAUUAAAGAGCGUACUGUUGCUGGCACACACCAAUAAAUGGGUCAAUUUAAGUGCGGUUAGUGUAAUAAUUUUUGUGUGAUGAUGUGAUUUUUUCUGUUCUACUGAUACGACAAAGGAUAACAACAACCUUAAUCUCCUACUGUGGCAUCAAGUGGCUUUCCCACAAAUACACUCUCACACAUUACCGCACAGGAGGAGUCUUUUUGCUCCUAAAAAAAUUCUUCUUAUCUGCAUCUGCCGAUCAAGGAUUUUAUCAAGUGGAUUGAUUUUCAAGGAGCAAACUUUAGGACAUCGGUUGAAAGUUAAAUAAAGUUUAACAAAAAAAAAAUCUAGUUCCCAGAAAGGACGAAGACAGCCCCAUAUAAAAAAAAAGUAUCUAUAUUUUCGAGAGUUUAACGGUGAUAAUACACGUCUCUGUGCAAUCAACCCUAUAAAAAAUAUAAGCAAGAGGAAAAGGAUAGACAAGUUGAGAGUGGGUGUGUGUGGGUGGUAAAGGAUAUAUUCGUUGUCGAGUUUAGAAUAUCCUUUUAUCCUUUCGUGUCUCUUCCAUUUUCUAUCUGUUUUUUUUUUUUUUUGCCGUCGUUUUUUUUUUUUGGAAAUUAUUUAAAAUGUGUGUCGAGUGAUACGUCAUUUUGAAAUCACACUCAUUUUGCCCCGUUCCUUUGACGGGGCUUUUUCUAUAUGUGAUCUUUAUGUGUGUGCGAGUGUAGUAAUUAUAAUUUUGUUCAUUAUACGUAUUCGGUGUAUGUGUGUGAAAUCGAAAUAAAAUUUAUUCGACAUAUCGUGUGGCAUCAUUUAUUGCGGAUAUAAAAAAGCCAUUGGUGUCAUAUUAUUAUUUUUUUUUGCUGUGUUUUGGGAGGAAUUUUUUUUUUUUUUUUUUGAAGAACGAGAAAACGAGGAUGAUUCACAUUCAUGAGAUUGAUCAGAGAUAAACUGAAAUGAUUUGUUUGUGGUACAACAAUAAACAACAACACAAUUUCCAUGACUAACAAUUCACGAAGGACGACAUCGCCAUUGCAACAUGUUAAGAGUUCUGGGCCUGUUCUUUGCAUGCACUGUAAUCAUGAUGUUCACACCACUCGUAAGAUGCAAGAGAAAAGAAAUGCCAGCCGGUCGUUUGGAAAAUGUUACACAAACUAUAUCAAAAAUUCUAGAAGGUUAUGACAUAAGGUUGCGACCAAAUUUUGGUGGAGACCCACUUCAUGUGGGAAUGGAUCUGACCAUAGCCAGUUUUGAUGCAAUUUCUGAAGUGAAUAUGGAUUACACAAUCACAAUGUACUUGAAUCAAUACUGGAGGGAUGAGCGUUUAGCGUUCAACGCCUAUGGCCCUUACUACGACGAUGACGCCGACGAUGAUGGUGUAAAUGAUGUUCUGACGUUGUCAGGAGAUUUUGCUGAGAAAAUUUGGGUGCCGGAUACGUUUUUUGCAAACGACAAGAACAGCUUCCUGCAUGAUGUAACAGAACGCAACAAACUUGUGCGUUUGGGUGGAGAUGGUGCUGUCACAUAUGGAAUGAGAUUUACUACAACGCUGGCUUGUAUGAUGGACUUGCACUAUUAUCCGCUGGAUUCACAGAACUGCACUGUAGAAAUCGAAAGUUAUGGAUACACCGUAACUGAUGUAGUAAUGUACUGGAAACCAACACCAGUGCGUGGUGUUGAAGAUGCCGAACUGCCACAAUUCACAAUAAUCGGCUAUGAAACGAACGACAGAAAAGAGAAACUAGCAACUGGCAUUUAUCAAAGGCUAUCGUUAUCCUUUAAGUUGCAAAGGAAUAUUGGAUACUUUGUAUUCCAAACAUAUUUGCCCAGCAUACUGAUUGUGAUGUUAUCCUGGGUGUCAUUUUGGAUAAACCAUGAAGCAACUAGUGCGAGAGUUGCUUUAGGCAUCACAACUGUUCUUACAAUGACCACUAUUAGUACUGGUGUGCGAAGUUCCUUGCCAAGGAUAUCUUAUGUCAAAGCCAUUGAUAUUUAUUUGGUGAUGUGUUUUGUGUUUGUAUUUGCUGCAUUAUUAGAAUAUGCAGCAGUUAAUUACACAUAUUGGGGCAAAAGAGCGAAAAAGAAACUUAAGAAAGUUAAAGAAAAUGAAAAGAAAACUGGUAAAAGCGAUAAAUCCGAAACGUGUUCAACUACUGAGGAUAUCAUUGAGUUGCAAGAUGUUCGAAUGAGUCCUAUUCCAUCGCUGAGAAAGGGCAACUACAAUAAUACAAUUGGAUCAAUAGGAUCUGAAACAUUAGAUUUGGCUAAAUUUCCACCUAGUUUUAGAAUUGCUAGAAAUUACGGAACGAAUCGAAAUAAUUUACGAUAUAGAGGGAGCAGAGCGACUGGUAACCAAAAACCUCGAAUGCUGCAUGCUCUCAAAAAGGGCGCAUCCGCACUGAAAGCGUCAAUACCAAAAAUCAAAGAUGUCAAUAUUAUUGAUAAAUAUUCCCGCAUGGUGUUCCCGGUUAGCUUUUUAGCCUUUAAUCUUGGCUAUUGGCUGUUCUACAUUUUAGAAUGAUAGCAGUUGUCAACACUUCACGCAAAAUAGCUCAGUGGUGUGUAGUGUUAGAAUUUUUUCAAUUUAUAAUAAUCAAAAAAAAAAUUAAAAAAAAUCAACAAAAAAAAAUUAAAGACACCAAACAAAGAAAACAAAAUUAAAAUCUUUAACCAACAUUAAAUGAGAGAGUGAAUUUCACACAAAACUUGAAACUUAAAAAGGACACAAACAAAAAUUGGUUAUAAAUCAAAAAGGAACAAAAAGAUAUAAAACUUUUAAAAAUGUUAAUCAAAAUUCAAAGAACCAACCAAAAUAAAAAUGGCAAAUGACUUUAAAAUGAGAGAAUAUAGAAAAUCAAAAGAAAAAAUAAA